AGUGCGAGAGGAGCGUCGCUGAUUGAAGAGGAGAGAGCAGAGCGGCGACGGCCAUCUUAGAGCUACCGUGGUAACCGACACUCAUCCUCUGGAUUCUUUUUUUUAUUUCUCCCGUUGAGACAAACGCUCCGCCUGACUGACGGGGAGGGGGACGAAGAAGGCCGACUCUUCACAUCGCCGCGGUCGAACUCAAGGUCGCGAUGCGGUUCCGAGGGAAUACACCAUUUGCGUCCGCCGUCGGACUGGUCCUCGCGCUGCUGUGCGCGGUGGAGGCGGCUAAAGUCAAUAAACAUAAACCAUGGAUUGAGACGACGUACCACGGGAUUGUUACGGAAAACGAUGACAAAGUACUAUUGGACCCCCCUCUAAUCGCACUGGACAAGGAUGCUCCUCUACGCUACGCAGAGAGUUUUGAGGUGACCCUCACUGAAGAAGGUGAGAUUUGUGGCUUCAGGAUCCACGGGCAGAAUGUCCCCUUUGAGGCAGUGGUCCUGGACAAGUCCACUGGCGAGGGGGUCAUCCGAGCCAAGGACAAGCUGGACUGUGAGCUGCAGAAGGAGCACACCUUCACCAUCCAGGCGUACGACUGUGGAGAGGGUCCUGAUGGUGCCAACAUGAAGAAAUCCCACAAGGCCACUGUCCACAUCCAAGUGAACGACAUCAACGAGUAUUCGCCAGUGUUCAAGGAGAAGUCCUACAAAGCCACGGUCAUCGAGGGAAAGAAGUACGACAGCAUCCUGAAGGUGGAGGCGGUGGACGCCGACUGCUCCUUCCAGUUCAGCCAAAUCUGCAACUACGAGAUCGUCACCCCUGAUGUGCCCUUCACCAUUGACAAAGAUGGCUUCAUCAAGAACUCAGAGAAACUGAGCUACGGCAAAGAGCGCAUGUACAAGCUGACUGUGACCGCCUACGACUGUGGAAAGAACCGCGCCUCGGAGGACGUGCUGGUCAAGAUCAGCGUCAAACCCACGUGCAAACCUAGCUGGCAAGGCUUCAAUAAGAGGAUUGAAUACGAACCCGGAACAGGCAGCCUGGCCCUUUUCCCCAGCAUACACUUGGAGACCUGUGAUGAGCCCAUCACCUCUAUCAAAGCCAGUAUUGAACUGGAAACCAACCACAUUGGGAAGGGCUGCGACCGUGACACUUACUCUGAGAAGUCGCUGCACAAGCUGUGCGGAGCCACUUCUGGCACCGUGGAGCUCCUCCCUGCACCGAGUAGCUCUGCCAACUGGACGGUGGGGCUGCCCACCGAUAACGGCCACGACAGUGACCAGGUGUUUGAGUUCAAUGGUACCCAGGCCAUCAAGGUCCCUGAAGGCAUGGUGAGCACCAGCCUGAAGGAGCCCUUCACCAUCUCUGUGUGGAUGAGACACGGCCCCGGGGCCCAUGAGAAGGAGACCAUCCUCUGCAACUCUGACAAGACAGAGAUGAACAGACACCACUACUCGCUCUACGUCCACAACUGCAGACUGAUCCUUCUCCUCCGUCAGGAUCCAUCAGAAGCAGAGAACUACAAACCAGCAGAGUUUCACUGGAAACUCGACCAGGCGUGUGACAAAGAGUGGCAUCACUAUGUGCUGAACGUGGAGUUCCCCACCGUGUCUCUGUUUGUGGAUGGAACUACCUUUGAGCCCUUCCUGGUCACAGAGGACUACCCACUGCACUCCUCCAAGAUUUCAACACAACUCACGAUUGGUGCCUGCUGGCAAGACAACUCAGGACAUGACAAUGACACUGAGACUGUCACUGAGCCCACCUCAGGUGGAAACGCUCGAAUGGCUCAGUUUUUCCGGGGGAACCUGGCGGGGCUGAUGAUCCGCUCUGGCAAACUGGAGAACAAGAAGGUGAUCGACUGUUUGUACACCUGCAAGGAGGGCCUGGAUGUGCAGCUGCCCGAGGAGGUGUCUUCAGCUGUUAAGGUGGAGUUCAACCCUAACCAGUCCUCUCUGACCGUGGAGGGCGACGACAUUGAUGCCUUCGACAAGGUCAUGCAGCACAUCUCCUACUUGAACUCUCGCCAGUUCCCGACCCCUGGCAUCAGGCACCUCCGCAUCUCCACCAAUGUCAAAUGCUUCAACGAGGAGUCCUGUGUAACGGUGCCAGAUGCUGAGGGUUAUGUGAUGGUGCUGCAGCCCGAAGAACCCAAGAUCAGCCUGAGCGGCAUUGACCACUUCGCCCGCAGUGCCGCCGAAUUCGAGAGCCAGGAAGGCGUGACGCUGUUCCCCGAGCUACGCAUCGUGAGCACCAUCACCCGCGAAGUGGAGGCCGACGCCGAGUCUGAAGCAACAGAGGGAGCUGACGAUGACCCCACGGUUCAAGAGACAGUCGUGUCAGAGGAGAUCAUGCACAACCUGGACACGUGUGAAGUGUCUGUGGUUGGAGACGAGCUGGACGGGGAGCACGAGAGCCUGGAGGUGGACAUGGCCCAGCUGCAGCAGCACGGCCUGGAGAUGAGCUCCUCCAACCUGGGCCUCGUCAUAACCGGUGUGAACACUAUGGCCAACUACGAGCAGGUCCUGCACCUCAUCCAUUACAAGAACUGGCACACCGAGGCUCUGUUUGACAGGAAAUUCAAACUGGUCUGCUCCGAGCUCAACGGCCGCUACAUCAGCAAUGACUUCAAGGUUGAGGUGAAUGUUAUCCACACGGCCAGUCCUGCGGAGCACGCUAACAACGCCAUGGUGCAGCCCAACUUCAUAAACCCCAUCCACCAUGCCUCUGUGGAUCUGUCUGGUCACAACUUGGUCAACGCUCACCAGGCCUCAGUGGUUCCCAGCGCUGCCACCAUUGUCAUCGUGGUGUGUGUCAGCUUCCUGGUGUUUAUGAUCAUUCUGGGUGUGUUCCGAAUCCGGGCGGCACACCAGCGAACCAUGGGAGACCAGGAGAACGGCAAGGAGAACGAGAUGGACUGGGACGACUCGGCUCUCACCAUCACCGUCAACCCCAUGGAGACGUACGAGGACCAGCACAGCAGUGAGGAGGAGGAGGAAGAGGAGGAGGAGAGCGAGGACGGAGAGGAGGAAGAUGACAUCACGAGCGCUGAGUCAGAGAGCAGCGAAGACGAUGAGGGCGGGGAGCCGGAGGACCAGCAGGGGGCCAACAGACAGCAGCAGCUGGAGUGGGACGACUCCACCCUCACCUACUAAAAAUCACACUCACUCACGCCAACAAACGCUUCGUACACUCAACACAAGCUCUCUCUGACACAUACGCACACACGAACACACACACGAACACACACACACACACACUAGCAACUCACUAUUACUCAACACCUCAUACUCAUUGCCCCCCCCCCCCUUCCCCCCCACAUUUUUAAUGUCUAAGGAGCCAGGAUAUAAAAUAUGAAAACAACAAAAAAAAAAAAUCCCGUCAGCGUCGAGGUUUUCCUGUUGUUAUCUUAGUGGUGGUACUCAAUGUAGUGUAGUCAUCACCAGAUUGCUGAUUUCUACUGUUUAUUUUUUUAUUUAUUAUAUUUUAAUUCCCAGGAAAACUACACUUAGUUUGAACCCUGCACUUUUUUUUUAAAUUUUCCCUCAGACAAGAGGCGUUCAAAUGGAGAACAAUUUUAUUUUCCCCUCUGGAUGUAUAUACUUGCUUAACGCUUUUAGAUUUGUUUGCCGCUAAACUCACGUAUAGCUUUGACUUGAGUUUUUCUUAUUAGUCCACAGUGAAACAAAAAUUAUGCUUUUAACAAGUAGACUACAUUUUUCUCUUUCUUCUUUUAGUGCAUGAGAAUAUUUGAAAAAGUCAUAUGUGUAGAAAAAUUAUUUGCUUUUUAAAGAUUUUGUAAAUAUAAAGAAACCAUGUAAUUAGUCGAUGUGUUAGUGGAGGCCUACUCAACAGGGUCCAAUAUCUAAAAAAAUAAAAAAUGGCGCGGUACGUAAUGUAGAAUAUUUGUGUCACAGAAGCUGUAGCAUGUCGCAAAAAAUGUCCACAAAAGCUGUUCCAUCAUGCUUGUACAAAAAAACUGUGUCUGCUUCGCGAUGGGAAACCCAGGACUGUUCAGCAGAGGUUUCCAUGACAAAGUGGGGUCUAUUUUCUCGUUUCUUUUAAGCAGGACUGGUUGAUGGUUUCAGCUUCAUACAUGCUUUGCUUUGCUUGCACAGGUGGCAACGCUCUACUCCAGGCGUCACGUGGUGUAUUUCAUUCCCAGUAGAUCUCACUGUUUUACAGACGGGACUUUCUUCUCUCUCCCCCCCCCCCCCCCCCCCCCUCAGAGUGAUCAUACUCAGAGAAAUGUUAAUGUACAAAUUGACAUUUCAUGUGGAAUGGUACAAACACCCGAGCAGCAGCAGCUUCGGUAGUGCUGUUAAUGUUGACAUAUGGGUUCUAACAUUUCUGCCAGUGUCAUUGGACGAGCAGAGAGAGAUUUCAGCUUUAAAAUGUAUUUUUUUCGCUCGUAGCCCAGUUCCUGCUAUGCUGACAGAAUUAGGGAUGGAAGAAGAAAGAAAUCCUUCAAACUUCUGAAGGAGCAGAUUCACGACAGAAGGAGCUUUAGUGGAGUCUGGUUGAAUAUUGCAGAUGCUGGCUUUGUUUUGGGGGAAGAAACGUGAAAUGAAAGAAUUUUCAGAAUUGCUCUGUUGCAACUAUAUUUUCCGUGGCACAGCUACUCAAUCUGAGAUAAUACACAUAUUAGAUGCAUUUUUAAACUGGUUUCUUUUUCUGAAUUAAGCAUCGUCUUUAGUGUAAUUCAUGGAAUUACAACUGAGGGCUAGCUGCAUCGUUUACAAUAGGAGAAGGCUUUAAAAAUGAAUCUUCUUCUUCUGAUUUGAAUCAUUUGAAAUUAUUUUUUUUGCAGUAGACCACUAGAUUUUAUUGUACAUGGAACUGUACUGUAGAGUAGUUCUAAGAUAAUUGUUUACAUUUGGUAAACUUAUUUUUUUUCCUUCUGGUAUUAAAGCUUAUACAAUUGAUUGGGAUCAUGUGUCCAACCUCUAUAUCCUCUCAGACACUGUUGUAACUAUUGAGUGUUUGUCUCAUGUUUUAUUUUUUUUGUUUUUUUGUGAACCAAUUAAGAUGUAAACAUUUCCUAAACCCGCUGUAAUUAAAUCAGAUCAGACUCGGGGCGUUGAAGUGAGCAGAAUGUGGUACUGUAAUGGUCGAUGUUGCGAGUCCCACAUUUUGCUUGAAAAUCCAUUUUCCAGGUAAAAUUCAGUUCAGAAACACAUCAAAGGCUCAUUGGAGACCGUUGUUCCAGGCUAUUUUUUUUGAGGAUGUGAGUUGUUAAAAAAAAAAGGUUUGUUUGAAUGAAAUUCGUUUUUUUUCCCCGUGGUCUGUGGUGGAAAUGUAGUGAACAGUCUCCCUUCAGCGAUGACAGACGGUCUGAGCCGGCUGUGAUGGGAGUGCCUUUUGCCUUCUGUUUUUUUCAAUCAUAGCGAAAAUUCGCAGGUCUAACAACAACACUCAUCCGUGCCCAUUUAUUUGUGGCAUCGUUUUGUUUGUUCUUGUUGAAUUGGUCAAUUUCUGACAUUUUUCUUUCAGUCAGUUGUAACAAUAGAGUUCUAUUAACCGUAACAAACAUUUCACAUAGAUGUCACGUGUCCAUGUUGAUGUGUAGAGGAAGUAGAUCCAUAUUGUAUCUUCUAUAGAUAUUGUACUAAAUCAUAUUGGCGGAAUCCACCUUUAAUAAGAUGCACAGUCCAUGAUGAUAUUGCUUUGGCAGCGUACAUGGGUUUACUGUUAAUUGACCCAUUUGUGUACAGUGGAAAGUAAUUUUCAACAGCGUCCCGUCGCCCGAGUUGUCGAGGAAUGAUUUUGGAGGGCAGCAUGAAAUUUCACAAUAAGAGUAUCGGCCUGCUGACGCCGAUAUGGUCACGGUUUCAUUCAGUCCAACACAUUUCAUCUACAGUGACUCCACCAUCUCCAGUUUUUCUGGGUCCUGUGGUUUCUGAUCAUCCCCCGAACAAAGUUUAAAGUUGGUUGAGUUGAACGUCACUGCCUAACAAACUGAAAUGCAGCCAUACUGUUGUAACACUAAAAUGUAAUGGGGGGUUUACUUACUGCAUGAACCACAACGUUUGUGUACGUUCCAUGUGGGGUUGUGAGACUGGAGUGAGAAAGGAGACGUGAUACACUACUGAUUCUCAUACUGUCUGUUUCACACGUCCACAACACUCCAGAUAUAUAUAUAUAUAUAUUUUUGUUUUUUUCUUUUUAAAAAUUUGCUCAAGAAAGGUGACAGCAUUUGUUUGUUUUUCUUUUCUUUUUGAACAAUUGGAUGUUUCCUUUGUGCUUGUUGGAGCUGCUCUCACUUUUCUACCAAUUGAAAGGCAAAUUGUAGUGAAGUUGAUGCUUGCUCGCAAACAAAAUAAAGGACGAUGAGAUGGGGUAUCA